CCCUUGGGUCUGUUUGACUUGUUCAAGUGUCCACUGUGGAAGGAUUUGGGGAACCUGAAAAUACUUUGUACAGAUAACUUUUUUUAAAAAAAGAAGAAAAGUAGAAGCACUUAAAUUCUGCACUUGAAGAGACAGAUUCCUCUCCUAGAUUUUGAGAGAUGAGAAAACAAGCACAGAGAGGUUAAGUCACUCACCCAAGCUCACAUGGCCAGGAUGUGACAAAGCCUACUUUUGAACCCAGGUAUGUGAAUGGCCAUGCAAAAAAACAUUACGAAGAUGCACAAAUACCCUUAACCAACCAUAAGAAAUCAGAAAAACAAGAUAAAGCUCAGCACACAGUGUGUAUGGAUUGCAGUAGCUACAGUACAUACUGUUAUCGCUGUGAUGAUUUUGUGGUUAAUGACACCAAGCUGGGACUGGUACAGAAAGUCAGAGAACACUUACAGAACUUGGAAAACUCAGCUUUCACAACUGACAGGCACAGAAAAAGGAAACUUUUAGAAAACUCAUCACUGAACAGCAAGUUAUUAAAAGUAAAUGGAAGCACUGCUGCCAUUUGUGCCACAGGCCUUCGGAAUUUGGGGAACACGUGUUUUAUGAAUGCCAUUCUUCAGUCGCUUAGUAACAUUGAGCAGUUUUGCUGUUAUUUCAAAGAACUGCCCGCUGUGGAGUUAAGGAAUGGGAAGACAGCAGGAAGGCGGACAUACCACACCAGGAGCCAAGGGGAUAGCAACGUGUCUUUGGUGGAAGAAUUUAGGAAGACACUCUGUGCUUUAUGGCAAGGCAGCCAGACUGCAUUCAGCCCAGAGUCCUUAUUUUAUGUUGUUUGGAAGAUUAUGCCGAAUUUUAGGGGCUAUCAGCAGCAGGACGCCCAUGAAUUCAUGCGCUACCUUUUGGACCACCUACACUUGGAACUCCAGGGCGGUUUUAAUGGUGUUUCCCGCUCGGCAAUUCUGCAGGAGAAUUCUACUCUGUCUGCAAGUAACAAAUGUUGCAUAAAUGGAGCAUCUACUGUUGUCACGGCUAUAUUUGGAGGCGUUCUCCAAAAUGAGGUGAACUGCCUCAUAUGUGGGACAGAAUCUAGAAAGUUUGAUCCAUUCCUAGACCUUUCAUUAGAUAUUCCAAGUCAGUUCAGAAGUAAGCGCUCUAAGAAUCAAGAAAAUGGACCAGUUUGUUCAUUACGAGAUUGUCUUCGCAGUUUUACCGACUUAGAAGAACUUGAUGAGACAGAGUUAUAUAUGUGCCAUAAAUGCAAAAAGAAACAAAAAUCCACAAAAAAGUUUUGGAUUCAAAAACUACCCAAGGUGCUCUGCUUACAUUUGAAAAGAUUUCAUUGGACAGCAUAUUUAAGAAACAAAGUUGAUACCUAUGUAGAAUUUCCACUGAGAGGCCUAGAUAUGAAAUGCUACUUACUGGAGCCUGAAAACAGUGGUCCUGACAACUGCCUGUAUGACCUCGCCGCUGUGGUGGUGCACCAUGGUUCUGGGGUCGGUUCUGGGCAUUACACGGCAUAUGCAACUCACGAAGGCCGCUGGUUCCAUUUCAAUGACAGUACUGUAACACUGACUGACGAAGAGACCGUGGUGAAGGCAAAGGCCUACAUCCUUUUUUACGUGGAACGCCAGGCCAAAGCUGGAUCAGAUAAACUUUAAUACCUCCUGUAAAUCAUCCUUCAUCAACUCUGCCGGACAAACAUUUCCAGUUUCCACAGAUACUUGAUCCAAGAUUUAAUUUCAUUAUGCACUUUUCAACUUUCUAUUUUGGGUUUAGUUUUGUCAGUGGUAGUGACUUACUGAACAUGGGCACCAACUAAUUUUGUUGUUGUUCUACCAGAAAACCUCAGCAGACAUUUUGAUUUGCUGCUUUAGUUGUAAUAAUUCAAUUUUUACAUGUAGUUUCAAGAACCUAGUCCUAUUUGACUUUUUUAUAUUAAUGUUUUCAGUUCUCACUUUGAGGCACAUUUACAUCAAUGCUUUUGUUACUCUCACAUGCUGAAAGCACGAUAUGUUCCUGAUUAUGAAGAGCAACACAACUGCCUGCUGCCUUUUCACAGCUGUAACCGAGAUCAGGUUGACUCUUAAUCAAGAAUCAUGUGUGUACGUAAUUUGUGGCCCACAAAAUCUCAGAGUGACUGCCAAGUAAUCAUUCUUUUUGCCUGUAAAAGAUAACUGAGAGGGCAUCCUUCAGUAGACCAGAUAAUUGCUACUCUCGGUGUUUCUCAAGGCUGCUGUUUAUCAGCACUAACUAAAUAAAUGUGUUGGUUCAGUUGUACUUGUACUGCA